AUGGAGCGGCUGGAGCGGAGCGGGCGCUGGCUGCGGGCCGCGCUGGCCCGCGGGCCGCUGCGCCGCCGCCUCCCCGCGCUGCUGCUCGCCAUCGCCGUGCUCGGCUCCGCGCUCAAGGACAGCGACCUGGUGCCCGACUCGCCGCUGCAGAACAAGCGCAACCCGCUCAACGUAUACUUCGUGAAGGUGGCCUGGGCUUGGACUCUGUGGCUGCUGCUGCCCUUCAUCACCCUCAGCACGUACGAGCUGGGCCGGAGCAAGCUCCUGUUCGGCCGCACGCGGAGCGCGCUGCUGGUGCUGCGGCGCCUGGGGGCCCUGCUGGUGGGCACGGCCGUGUGGUACCUGUGCACUGAGCUCUUCAUCUUCAUAGAGAACCUCACAGGGGAGUGCUCCCUGCAGGGCCAGCCCGGCCAGCCCCCCCGGCCGUACGCCUCCAAGCGCGAGUGCCGGCAGGACGGCGGCGUCUGGAGCGGCUUCGACAUCUCGGGGCACUGCUUCCUGCUCUCCUACUGUGCCAUGAUGAUCCUGGAGGAGCUGGCUGUGCUGGAAGCGCUGGCCAUAGAGCACGGCUCCAAGCUGAGGGUGGUGAUCAACGUGCUGCUGGUUUCCCUGUGUUCCCUCACCAUGAUCUGGGUGUUCAUGUUCCUCUGUACUGCCCUGUAUUUCCAUGACUUCAGCCAAAAGCUUCUCGGUGUGCUGAUAGGUCUGGCAGCUUGGUAUGGGACAUACAGGUAUUGGUAUUUGAAGCCCUUUUCUCCUGGACUACCUCUUCCAAAUAUACCUUUGAGUUCAAAGAAAUACAGCUAUAGCAGAUAAAAUAAGGUUUGAAAUGUUUUGGAUUUUGCUUUCAGUACUGGAGUAGUUGAAUGUAGGAAUGGUUACUGUAUUUCCACUGUAAGGAACAAGGUGAUGGGUUGGAGGAAACCUAAUCUGUACUAGCCAUUGGCUGGCAGGUGGUAAUGAGCUUCUUCCCUGGGAGAAGAAAAAAAAAUCAGGAUUGGAAGAGUCUGCUCUUGUUCAGGAGCUGCCGACUGGGAUUGUCAGCAAAGAAAUCAGGAGCUGAAUCUGUUUCUCUCACUAAUAAAUGAAGUAGCAGACCCAAGGCUAAAAGAGGCCUUUGAUCUUUAGGAGUGUGAUUUAUCUCAGUUAAUUCUCCCUCUUCCUUUUUGAAUUAUGUCAAGAUAUUGUGGAUGAUCCAAACCUCAGGCUUUUUAAUGUUCCUAUUUGUAUUGCCUUAUGGGAAAGCUCUAAUAAUCACAGUGCUGCUAAGCAUUGCAGAAAUAUAAAUUCUGAAAGCGGUUCUGUUGUGAAACUGGAACAUCUCAUGUUCUCAAGUGUUAAAAACACUAACU